AAAACAAUUAUGUUUACUAAUAAAAACUGUGCUUUGUUCAUAGUCCUUCACAAUAGAAACUGAAAUUAGUAAAUGCCAAUACACGAUGCAAUUGACACGAUAGCAGCUACAUCACAAUAUGAAUAUUCCCCGUAGCAUUGAGCGUUGCUACCUUUGCAACUGUGCUUUUGUGGACAACAAAGUUUACGAGCAUAUGUUUGAAGAGCGUUUCAAUGAGAGAGGUCUGCAGCAGUCCACUCUAGCCAGCAUAUUGGCCAUGGCUCUGGGUAUCAAGCUUCAGGCCGAAGAAGUGCACUCUGUGUUUAUUUGCAGCACCUGCAAGGUAAGUCUGCUUAACUUUGAGGCGAUCUCGAGGCAAUUGUUCCAGCUGCGAUACGAAAUAAUUGAAACACAUGCACAAACUAGUCAGUUACACGCGAUGCAAAAGGAAGCGCAAGACGAUAUGAUCGAUGAAUGCUUUGAAAAUGAAAAUUAUGAUGAGGAUGAAGAUGAAGGUGACGAUGACGAUGACAGCUUGGACUUGGAUGCGAUCGAACAACAAUUGCAGGAGGUGGAAGAUAUGCUCGCGGAUUCCGCAGCUGAGCAGCAGCCGGAUAUUAAUGAAGAGUUUGACUACAUAGAGGAAUGCUCUGAUUCCCCGGACGAGAAUGUCGUAGAAGAUUAUUUGCUGUCGAAUUCAGAUAAACCGCCGACAAUACAAGCCACAUUUAAACCUCGCAAGGCGCCGCCUGAGUUUAAUUGCUCGUAUUGCGGCAAAGUUUGCGAACGUCGCGAACAUCUGCGGGAGCACGAAAGGAUUCACACCGGCGAGCGUCCGUUUGAGUGCAAGGAGUGCGGCGCCACGUUUGCCCAGCGCUCCAAUUGGCGUGUACACAUGAAUUCAACGCACUUUAAGCUGGCCAAUCACAAGUGCAUCGACUGCGGACGCUCAUACAAACGCAAACGCCUGCUCGACAAUCAUAUCAAGUCCGUGCACAGGCGUAUACGUGAUCUCAAGUGUAAGCAGUGUGGCUCCUCCUUCGCCAGUGCCAUCAGCCUAAAGAAGCAUCUGCUGUGUCACACGGGCGAGCGAAACUACAGCUGUCAGAUAUGCGGCAAGCGAUUCAGUCGUCCCGAGAAUCGCAAUGUCCAUCACUUUGUGCAUAGCAUAAGCAAGCCAUAUGCCUGCAGUGUGUGUGGCGAGGGCUUCAUACGCAAGCAGCAGCUGGUCCAGCACAGCAAGAUCAGCAGCCAUCCCAAUCCCAAUAUCGUGCGCCUCAAGCCGCAGUUUAAUGCAGCCAACAGCGAUCGGCUAAGACUGGCCAAAAAACAAGCCUAAAUUGAACAUUCCAAAGUUGGCUCAAAUCACAGUCAUUUAUCCACUAAUACCCGGCUAAACCCGC